AUGGACACGCGCAUUUUGGGGUGGUCUAGGUUUAUUUGAUCCUGCCUCAGCGCAAGCAGACUCUUGAAGUCUUUUCCAGCCCUACGUUUCUAUGAUUCUAUAGACAAGCCCAAUCCAUCAAACAAAAAUCUCAGCCUUACAUCCUCUGCUUUGCCUAGCUAGAAUAAUGCUAACGUUUCUGAUGCACACAUCAUACAGGAUUCACGGAAAUGGUUAUUUUAUUUUUACCAUACAAAGUGUUUGAACGCCUACAGUCCCUUUCUAGUCUCACAAUUUAGUCCAUGUAUAAUUUUAGAACCAGUUGUAUCUUGGCUCUAAGGAGCUUUGUCCGUAUAGAGAAAAUAAAAUAGGGCAUAGCCAUAAUGUCCUCACAAGAGAAGAUAUAUAAGGUGCUCUAAUCAAUGUAAUGGGAUGUAAUUAUUAUUCCAUUUAUUUAUCACCUUCUGCUCAGAAGACAGGUAGCUAGCGAUUGAAAAUAAAGAGCCAGAAGUAAAAUCACUGGACCAGAUUGUUAGCUCAGUUCCAUGUAAACCCACAAUAUUACCAUUAAAUUCAGUAGGCUGAUGUGGGUGGAGCUGAGAUCAGAAUCUGGCUGAUUACUGCCAUUAAUGUGGGCUAAACACUAAAUGGUUCUUGGAAGGCAAACCUAUUCUAUCAAACAGAUUCAAUCAUGUUUAGCCCAUACAUUAACAUUUUUGUUUCAGAUGUAAAUUUCAAAGCACCUUAAAGACUUGCAGGUUUAUUUGUAUAGCUUGAGGCAGUGUGGUCCAGUGGACAGGCUACCAGAAUGGGAGGCAAGAUGCAUGUUUUUUAUUCCUGGCUCUGCUAAUGACUCACUAGCCAUCCAUUCGCUGGGACCAUCUGCGUACUCCUGUGGGCUGCUUAUAUGGGAGCCUGUACACUGGGACAUGUCGCAGGCCAGGAGCUAAGGAGCUGUCUCCCAGCAGCCUGUACAAAGAAAAAUCGGAUCCUCCUGCUGCGCCGCGCAGGGAGACCGUUCGCUUCGCAGACGGCUGGGGAAGCCAGGCUGCUGCAGCUCCUGAAAGAAAAAUUCCCUCAGGCUUCGGCCAUCCAAGUCCUGGAUGUAUCGGGAGGCUGUGGAGCAAUGUAUGAAAUUCAUAUGAAUCUGAAGAAUUUAAAAAAAGAGACUGUCCAGCAACAUCAGAUGGUUAAUCAGGCACUAAGUGAAGAAAUUAAAGCAAUGCAUGGACUACGGAUAUUCACAUCUAUUCCAAAGCACUGAAGAUUAACCAGGCAGCAUGGUUAGAAACCUGGGAUGAUAUAGGAAACCUCUGGCGAUGAGACAGAACAGGAAGCUUGUAUUUUUGGAUUAUGGACUUGUUUAUCUUUAAUAAUCAAUAUUUAAUGGGUUAAAACAGGACAUAAGUAUUUCAAGAAGCUAUUUAAAGAGAUCCUAUUUCAUGUUUAUUUAAUUUUAAUUUGUAGAUUGAUUUCUUAUCCUUUCAUAAAGUACCUGAUGCCAAAUCUUAGUUGUUACUUUAUCAAAAAAACUAAUCCCUGUAAGUCAAGGAUGGAACUGGAAUUCCAUGGUUUGUGGACAUGUGCAGACGGAAGUACUGGCUUCCAAGUAUCUUUUCGUACUAACUCAGUGGAAAAAGGACCACAACCGUGGUGAUUCUACGGAGAGAUCACGAACCAAAAA